AUGAGCGGUCUGGAUUCGGGGUCGUUCAGGCGGCCGUUGGAUUCGGACACUGUAGCAACGCGGUUCCUGCACGGGCGGCACAGCGCGAUGCAGUUCGCAGUGAUGCAACUAGGCGUGUGCACGUUCAAAUGGGACGGAGAACGAAGAGAGUUCAUCGUUCACCCGUUCAACUUCAAGGUGUUUCCACGGUCGGAGAUCCCGGGCUUUAAGGGCGUGCCGGCACACUCCUUCCAGUGCCAGCCGUCCUCACUGGAGUUCCUGGCAGCACACCACCUCGACUUCAACUCCUGGGUGCAGCACGCACGGGAGGUUGCGGUAGGUGGUGUGGGAGGGGAUGGGAGCAGCAGCAGCAGCAGCAGCAGCAGCAGCAGCAGCAGCAGCAGCAGUGGUUUAUCGCCUGCGUUAGCAGCAGUGGUGGGGAAGAGGCCUUGGCUGUCCCUUCGAAUCAACGAUACCUUCAACUGCCACGCUGCCGACCAGGCAAUCCGUCAUAAGCACCCCUAUCUGGCGUCACAUGAGGAGCGGAUCGGUGCGUACAAGAAAGUGCGGCUCUUUCUGUGCAAGUCAAAGGAGGAGGCUGAGAGGCUGCAGGUGCGGCUGCUGGAGCUGCGGCAGGCAGGGGCAGCAGCAGUGGUGCGCAGAGCCGCGGGGGUGAGGCGGGUGGUGGACGCCCUUUCUGUGGCAUGCCAGAAUAAGCCGCUGGUGGCUCACUCCUGCUUCCUUGGUAGAGCAUCCCCCUCCGCAUCUCAUCUCGCCCUCCAGAUCUCAUCUCGCCCUCCAGAUCUCAUCUCGCCCUCCAGAUCUCAUCUCGCCCUCCAGAUCUCAUCUCGCCCUCCAGAUCUCAUCUCGCCCUCCAGAUCUCAUCUCGCCCUCCAGAUCUCAUCUCGCCCUCCAGAUCUCAUCUCGCCCUCCAGAUCUCAUCUCGCCCUCCAGAUCUCAUCUCGCCCUCCAGAUCUCAUCUCGCCCUCCAGAUCUCAUCUCGCCCUCCAGAUCUCAUCUCGCCCUCCAGAUCUCAUCUCGCCCUCCAGAUCUCAUCUCGCCCUCCAGAUCUCAUCUCGCCCUCCAGAUCUCAUCUCGCCCUCCAGAUCUCAUCUCGCCCUCCAGAUCUCAUCUCGCCCUCCAGAUCUCAUCUCGCCCUCCAGAUCUCAUCUCGCCCUCCAGAUCUCAUCUCGCCCUCCAGAUCUCAUCUCGCCCUCCAGAUCUCAUCUCGCCCUCCAGAUCUCAUCUCGCCCUCCAGAUCUCAUCUCGCCCUCCAGAUCUCAUCUCGCCCUCCAGAUCUCAUCUCGCCCUCCAGAUCUCAUCUCGCCCUCCAGAUCUCAUCUCGCCCUCCAGAUCUCAUCUCGCCCUCCAGAUCUCAUCUCGCCCUCCAGAUCUCAUCUCGCCCUCCAGAUCUCAUCUCGCCCUCCAGAUCUCAUCUCGCCCUCCAGAUCUCAUCUCGCCCUCCAGAUCUCAUCUCGCCCUCCAGAUCUCAUCUCGCCCUCCAGAUCUCAUCUCGCCCUCCAGAUCUCAUCUCGCCCUCCAGAUCUCAUCUCGCCCUCCAGAUCUCAUCUCGCCCUCCAGAUCUCAUCUCGCCCUCCAGAUCUCAUCUCGCCCUCCAGAUCUCAUCUCGCCCUCCAGAUCUCAUCUCGCCCUCCAGAUCUCAUCUCGCCCUCCAGAUCUCAUCUCGCCCUCCAGAUCUCAUCUCGCCCUCCAGAUCUCAUCUCGCCCUCCAGAUCUCAUCUCGCCCUCCAGAUCUCAUCUCGCCCUCCAGAUCUCAUCUCGCCCUCCAGAUCUCAUCUCGCCCUCCAGAUCUCAUCUCGCCCUCCAGAUCUCAUCUCGCCCUCCAGAUCUCAUCUCGCCCUCCAGAUCUCAUCUCGCCCUCCAGAUCUCAUCUCGCCCUCCAGAUCUCAUCUCGCCCUCCAGAUCUCAUCUCGCCCUCCAGAUCUCAUCUCGCCCUCCAGAUCUCAUCUCGCCCUCCAGAUCUCAUCUCGCCCUCCAGAUCUCAUCUCGCCCUCCAGAUCUCAUCUCGCCCUCCAGAUCUCAUCUCGCCCUCCAGAUCUCAUCUCGCCCUCCAGAUCUCAUCUCGCCCUCCAGAUCUCAUCUCGCCCUCCAGAUCUCAUCUCGCCCUCCAGAUCUCAUCUCGCCCUCCAGAUCUCAUCUCGCCCUCCAGAUCUCAUCUCGCCCUCCAGAUCUCAUCUCGCCCUCCAGAGCUCAUCUCGCCCUCCCAGAUCUCAUCUCGCCCUCCAGAUCUCAUCUCGCCCUCCAGAUCUCAUCUCGCCCUCCAGAUCUCAUCUCGCCCUCCAGAUCUCAUCUCGCCCUCCAGAUCUCAUCUCGCCCUCCAGAUCUCAUCUCGCCCUCCAGAUCUCAUCUCGCCCUCCAGAUCUCAUCUCGCCCUCCAGAUCUCAUCUCGCCCUCCAGAUCUCAUCUCGCCCUCCAGAUCUCAUCUCGCCCUCCAGAUCUCAUCUCGCCCUCCAGAUCUCAUCUCGCCCUCCAGAUCUCAUCUCGCCCUCCAGAUCUCAUCUCGCCCUCCAGAUCUCAUCUCGCCCUCCAGAUCUCAUCUCGCCCUCCAGAUCUCAUCUCGCCCUCCAGAUCUCAUCUCGCCCUCCAGAUCUCAUCUCGCCCUCCAGAUCUCAUCUCGCCCUCCAGAUCUCAUCUCGCCCUCCAGAUCUCAUCUCGCCCUCCAGAUCUCAUCUCGCCCUCCAGAGCUCAUCUCGCCCUCCAGAGCUCAUCUCGCCCUCCAGAUCUCAUCUCGCCCUCCAGAUCUCAUCUCGCCCUCCAGAUCUCAUCUCGCCCUCCAGAUCUCAUCUCGCCCUCCAGAUCUCAUCUCGCCCUCCAGAUCUCAUCUCGCCCUCCAGAUCUCAUCUCGCCCUCCAGAUCUCAUCUCGCCCUCCAGAUCUCAUCUCGCCCUCCAGAUCUCAUCUCGCCCUCCAGAUCUCAUCUCGCCCUCCAGAUCUCAUCUCGCCCUCCAGAUCUCAUCUCGCCCUCCAGAUCUCAUCUCGCCCUCCAGAUCUCAUCUCGCCCUCCAGAUCUCAUCUCGCCCUCCAGAUCUCAUCUCGCCCUCCAGAUCUCAUCUCGCCCUCCAGAUCUCAUCUCGCCCUCCAGAUCUCAUCUCGCCCUCCAGAUCUCAUCUCGCCCUCCAGAGCUCAUCUCGCCCUCCAGAUCUCAUCUCGCCCUCCAGAUCUCAUCUCGCCCUCCAGAUCUCAUCUCGCCCUCCAGAUCUCAUCUCGCCCUCCAGAUCUCAUCUCGCCCUCCAGAGCUCAUCUCGCCCUCCAGAUCUCAUCUCGCCCUCCAGAUCUCAUCUCGCCCUCCAGAUCUCAUCUCGCCCUCCAGAUCUCAUCUCGCCCUCCAGAUCUCAUCUCGCCCUCCAGAUCUCAUCUCGCCCUCCAGAUCUCAUCUCGCCCUCCAGAUCUCAUCUCGCCCUCCAGAUCUCAUCUCGCCCUCCAGAUCUCAUCUCGCCCUCCAGAUCUCAUCUCGCCCUCCAGAUCUCAUCUCGCCCUCCAGAGCUCAUCUCGCCCUCCAGAUCUCAUCUCGCCCUCCAGAUCUCAUCUCGCCCUCCAGAUCUCAUCUCGCCCUCCAGAUCUCAUCUCGCCCUCCAGAUCUCAUCUCGCCCUCCAGAUCUCAUCUCGCCCUCCAGAUCUCAUCUCGCCCUCCAGAUCUCAUCUCGCCCUCCAGAUCUCAUCUCGCCCUCCAGAUCUCAUCUCGCCCUCCAGAUCUCAUCUCGCCCUCCAGAUCUCAUCUCGCCCUCCAUAUCUCAUCUCGCCCUCCAGAGCUCAUCUCGCCCUCCAGAUCUCAUCUCGCCCUCCAGAUCUCAUCUCGCCCUCCAGAUCUCAUCUCGCCCUCCAGAUCUCAUCUCGCCCUCCAGAUCUCAUCUCGCCCUCCAGAGCUCAUCUCGCCCUCCAGAUCUCAUCUCGCCCUCCAGAUCUCAUCUCGCCCUCCAGAUCUCAUCUCGCCCUCCAGAUCUCAUCUCGCCCUCCAGAUCUCAUCUCGCCCUCCAGAGCUCAUCUCGCCCUCCAGAGCUCAUCUCGCCCUCUAGAUCUCAUCUCGCCCUCCAGAUCUCAUCUCGCCCUCCAGAUCUCAUCUCGCCCUCCAGAUCUCAUCUCGCCCUCCAGAUCUCAUCUCGCCCUCCAGAUCUCAUCUCGCCCUCCAGAUCUCAUCUCGCCCUCCAGAUCUCAUCUCGCCCUCCAGAUCUCAUCUCGCCCUCCAGAUCUCAUCUCGCCCUCCAGAUCUCAUCUCGCCCUCCAGAUCUCAUCUCGCCCUCCAGAUCUCAUCUCGCCCUCCAGAGCUCAUCUCGCCCUCCAGAGCUCAUCUCGCCCUCCAGAUCUCAUCUCGCCCUCCAGAUCUCAUCUCGCCCUCCAGAGCUCAUCUCGCCCUCCAGAGCUCAUCUCGCCCUCCAGAUCUCAUCUCGCCCUCCAGAUCUCAUCUCGCCCUCCAGAUCUCAUCUCGCCCUCCAGAUCUCAUCUCGCCCUCCAGAUCUCAUCUCGCCCUCCAGAUCUCAUCUCGCCCUCCAGAGCUCAUCUCGCCCUCCAGAUCUCAUCUCGCCCUCCAGAUCUCAUCUCGCCCUCCAGAUCUCAUCUCGCCCUCCAGAUCUCAUCUCGCCCUCCAGAUCUCAUCUCGCCCUCCAGAUCUCAUCUCGCCCUCCAGAUCUCAUCUCGCCCUCCAGAUCUCAUCUCGCCCUCCAGAUCUCAUCUCGCCCUCCAGAUCUCAUCUCGCCCUCCAGAUCUCAUCUCGCCCUCCAGAUCUCAUCUCGCCCUCCAGAUCUCAUCUCGCCCUCCAGAUCUCAUCUCGCCCUCCAGAGCUCAUCUCGCCCUCCAGAGCUCAUCUCGCCCUCCAGAUCUCAUCUCGCCCUCCAGAUCUCAUCUCGCCCUCCAGAUCUCAUCUCGCCCUCCAGAUCUCAUCUCGCCCUCCAGAUCUCAUCUCGCCCUCCAGAGCUCAUCUCGCAAUCCAGAGCUCAUCUCGCCCUCCAGAUCUCAUCUCGCCCUCCAGAUCUCAUCUCGCCCUCCAGAGCUCAUCUCGCCCUCCAGAGCUCAUCUCGCCCUCCAGAUCUCAUCUCGCCCUCCAGAUCUCAUCUCGCCCUCCAGAUCUCAUCUCGCCCUCCAGAUCUCAUCUCGCCCUCCAGAUCUCAUCUCGCCCUCCAGAGCUCAUCUCGCCCUCCAGAUCUCAUCUCGCCCUCCAGAUCUCAUCUCGCCCUCCAGAUCUCAUCUCGCCCUCCAGAUCUCAUCUCGCCCUCCAGAUCUCAUCUCGCCCUCCAGAUCUCAUCUCGCCCUCCAGAUCUCAUCUCGCCCUCCAGAUCUCAUCUCGCCCUCCAGAUCUCAUCUCGCCCUCCAGAUCUCAUCUCGCCCUCCAGAUCUCAUCUCGCCCUCCAGAUCUCAUCUCGCCCUCCAGAGCUCAUCUCGCCCUCCAGAUCUCAUCUCGCCCUCCAGAUCUCAUCUCGCCCUCCAGAUCUCAUCUCGCCCUCCAGAUCUCAUCUCGCCCUCCAGAUCUCAUCUCGCCCUCCAGAUCUCAUCUCGCCCUCCAGAUCUCAUCUCGCCCUCCAGAUCUCAUCUCGCCCUCCAGAUCUCAUCUCGCCCUCCAGAUCUCAUCUCGCCCUCCAGAUCUCAUCUCGCCCUCCAGAUCUCAUCUCGCCCUCCAGAUCUCAUCUCGCCCUCCAGAUCUCAUCUCGCCCUCCAGAUCUCAUCUCGCCCUCCAGAUCUCAUCUCGCCCUCCAGAUCUCAUCUCGCCCUCCAGAUCUCAUCUCGCCCUCCAGAUCUCAUCUCGCCCUCCAGAUCUCAUCUCGCCCUCCAGAUCUCAUCUCGCCCUCCAGAUCUCAUCUCGCCCUCCAGAUCUCAUCUCGCCCUCCAGAUCUCAUCUCGCCCUCCAGAUCUCAUCUCGCCCUCCAGAUCUCAUCUCGCCCUCCAGAUCUCAUCUCGCCCUCCAGAUCUCAUCUCGCCCUCCAGAGCUCAUCUCGCCCUCCAGAUCUCAUCUCGCCCUCCAGAUCUCAUCUCGCCCUCCAGAUCUCAUCUCGCCCUCCAGAUCUCAUCUCGCCCUCCAGAUCUCAUCUCGCCCUCCAGAGCUCAUCUCGCCCUCCAGAUCUCAUCUCGCCCUCCAGAUCUCAUCUCGCCCUCCAGAUCUCAUCUCGCCCUCCAGAUCUCAUCUCGCCCUCCAGAUCUCAUCUCGCCCUCCAGAGCUCAUCUCGCCCUCCAGAGCUCAUCUCGCCCUCCAGAUCUCAUCUCGCCCUCCAGAUCUCAUCUCGCCCUCCAGAUCUCAUCUCGCCCUCCAGAUCUCAUCUCGCCCUCCAGAUCUCAUCUCGCCCUCCAGAGCUCAUCUCGCCCUCCAGAGCUCAUCUCGCCCUCCAGAUCUCAUCUCGCCCUCCAGAUCUCAUCUCGCCCUCCAGAGCUCAUCUCGCCCUCCAGAGCUCAUCUCGCCCUCCAGAUCUCAUCUCGCCCUCCAGAUCUCAUCUCUCCCUCCAGAUCUCAUCUCGCCCUCCAGAUCUCAUCUCGCCCUCCAGAUCUCAUCUCGCCCUCCAGAGCUCAUCUCGCCCUCCAGAUCUCAUCUCGCCCUCCAGAUCUCAUCUCGCCCUCCAGAUCUCAUCUCGCCCUCCAGAUCUCAUCUCGCCCUCCAGAUCUCAUCUCGCCCUCCAGAGCUCAUCUCGCCCUCCAGAUCUCAUCUCGCCCUCCAGAUCUCAUCUCGCCCUCCAGAUCUCAUCUCGCCCUCCAGAUCUCAUCUCGCCCUCCAGAUCUCAUCUCGCCCUCCAGAUCUCAUCUCGCCCUCCAGAUCUCAUCUCGCCCUCCAGAUCUCAUCUCGCCCUCCAGAUCUCAUCUCGCCCUCCAGAGCUCAUCUCGCCCUCCAGAUCUCAUCUCGCCCUCCAGAUCUCAUCUCGCCCUCCAGAUCUCAUCUCGCCCUCCAGAGCUCAUCUCGCCCUCCAGAUCUCAUCUCGCCCUCCAGAUCUCAUCUCGCCCUCCAGAUCUCAUCUCGCCCUCCAGAUCUCAUCUCGCCCUCCAGAUCUCAUCUCGCCCUCCAGAGCUCAUCUCGCCCUCCAGAGCUCAUCUCGCCCUCCAGAUCUCAUCUCGCCCUCCAGAUCUCAUCUCGCCCUCCAGAGCUCAUCUCGCCCUCCAGAGCUCAUCUCGCCCUCCAGAGCUCAUCUCGCCCUCCAGAUCUCAUCUCGCCCUCCAGAUCUCAUCUCGCCCUCCAGAUCUCAUCUCGCCCUCCAGAUCUCAUCUCGCCCUCCAGAUCUCAUCUCGCCCUCCAGAGCUCAUCUCGCCCUCCAGAUCUCAUCUCGCCCUUCAGAUCUCAUCUCGCCCUCCAGAUCUCAUCUCGCCCUCCAGAUCUCAUCUCGCCCUCCAGAUCUCAUCUCGCCCUCCAGAUCUCAUCUCGCCCUCCAGAUCUCAUCUCGCCCUCCAGAUCUCAUCUCGCCCUCCAGAUCUCAUCUCGCCCUCCAGAUCUCAUCUCGCCCUCCAGAUCUCAUCUCGCCCUCCAGAUCUCAUCUCGCCCUCCAGAUCUCAUCUCGCCCUCCAGAUCUCAUCUCGCCCUCCAGAGCUCAUCUCGCCCUCCAGAGCUCAUCUCGCCCUCCAGAUCUCAUCUCGCCCUCCAGAUCUCAUCUCGCCCUCCAGAUCUCAUCUCGCCCUCCAGAUCUCAUCUCGCCCUCCAGAUCUCAUCUCGCCCUCCAGAUCUCAUCUCGCCCUCCAGAGCUCAUCUCGCAAUCCAGAGCUCAUCUCGCCCUCCAGAUCUCAUCUCGCCCUCCAGAUCUCAUCUCGCCCUCCAGAGCUCAUCUCGCCCUCCAGAGCUCAUCUCGCCCUCCAGAUCUCAUCUCGCCCUCCAGAUCUCAUCUCGCCCUCCAGAUCUCAUCUCGCCCUCCAGAUCUCAUCUCGCCCUCCAGAUCUCAUCUCGCCCUCCAGAGCUCAUCUCGCCCUCCAGAUCUCAUCUCGCCCUUCAGAUCUCAUCUCGCCCUCCAGAUCUCAUCUCGCCCUCCAGAUCUCAUCUCGCCCUCCAGAUCUCAUCUCGCCCUCCAGAUCUCAUCUCGCCCUCCAGAUCUCAUCUCGCCCUCCAGAUCUCAUCUCUCCCUCCAGGUCUCAUCUCGCCCUCCAGGUCUCAUCUCGCCCUCCAGGUCUCUCUCGCAUUCUCCACAAGUUUUUGGGCCACGUCCCACCUUGCUGCCAUAGCACAGCGUCAUCUCGCUCCAGUACCUACGGAGUUCCCAUCUUACCCGUCCCCCACCCACGCAGAUCUCUCUCGCAUUCUCCCAAGUUUGAGGGCCACGUCCUGCCCUACCUCUCACCUGCAGCAGCAUCUUUGCCCUCCCGCUGA